AUGUUCAAAGCGUUUACUGCUGUAAUCUAUCGCGAUCGGAUUGUCAAUACAAUUGAAAUUCUGCAAGAAAAACCUUGCAAAGCCUGCGAUGAAGAUGAGACUGAUAUCCUGAUGAAAUUCGAUCGUUCAAUUAGAUUUUAUUCCAUAUGUUACCUACUUAUAUGUGCAUUCUCGGCGGUGGGUGCCGUGUCAGCAGGAGUGCUCGAUGUUUUAAAGGGUGAGAUACCCUAUAAUACAUGGAUUCCUUGGGAUUGCACUUCGUUCCUUUUAUUCUUAUUUACGGCCCUUCAAGAGAUCAUAGCUUUAAUUAUAGCCACGAUUGUAAACGUCGCGACAGAAACUAUAAUAUUAGGAUUUUGCUUACAAUUGUGUGCCCAGUUUGAAAUCUUGAAAUAUCGCCUUCAAAGAAUGAUAAAACGUAAGGAAGAAGAAAUAUUUCCAAAAAAUUUGUUGAAUAAUACGUCGCGUAAAAUAAGUGAAUUUUCGGAACACAUUUCCCAUCAUCUGUGCAUAAUCAGACUUGCCAAAAUGAUCAACGACGUGUUUAGCCAAGUGAUAUUCGUUCAAUUUUUCGUCAGUAUUUUGGUAUUCAUGUUUGUACAAAUUUUUAUUUAUUGUUGGGCUGGAAACGAAGUUAUGCUCAAGAGUACUGGAUUGGGCGAAGCGAUAUAUCAUAUGGACUGGAUAUUGAUGACAAUAAGCGAACAAAAGGAUCUACUAAUGAUUAUGAAACGUAGCACAAAACCCAUUAAAUUAACCAGCAGCUUCUUGAUAACUUUAUCUUUGGAAUCGUAUGGCGAUCUUUUGAAGAUGUCUUUCUCCGCAUUUAACGUUUUGCAACAAUUUUGAAAGUUUAUUUACUCCUUCGCAAUACACUAUGUG